AUGUUUGUCGAGAAACUUCGUGGCACUACUCCUCGACUUCUAGACGAGACGACCCUUGGGGCAGCAGUGGCUGCUGAAGAGUGUGCGGCGAUCAGCGACGAACAGCGCAAUCGCAGGUUCAGCGACAAGUUUCACAACUUCAUCGAACUGUGUUUAAAGUUCAACCCUGCCGAAAGGCCCUCGGCAAGGGAACUGCUUAAACACCCUUUCAUGAAGUUCCCAAAAAAGCGUUUGUCGUUAGAAAAUUAUCUGUCUUCCGUCCGACCUCUUUCGGUGUCGAAAGGUUCCUCCGAAAAUCAAGUUUCACCCAUUUCGCCAUACGUCGAAAGGUUGUUCCUCUCUACCGCGACAGAAAAGCCUGAAGAAAGCGGCUGGUCAUUUGGACCUUGA